AUGCUCUUAAAUAUAUGCAAUAAUCUUCCUGCAGAUAUGUCACCAUCUCCAGAACCAUUUUAUGAUUCACAGGGGAAAAGAGUUAAUACUCGUGAAUAUCGUUAUCGUAAAAAAUUAGAGGAUGAAAGACACAGAUUAAUUGAGGAGACAGUCAAGAAAGAUCCUGAUUUUAAACCACCUGCAGAUUAUAAACGCCCUACCAAAGUUCAAGAUAAAGUUUACAUACCAGCUAAGGAAUUUCCAGAAAUCAAUUUCAUUGGUUUGUUAAUUGGCCCUCGUGGUAAUACAUUGAAAAAAAUGGAAACCGAAUCUGGUGCUAAAAUUAGCAUUCGUGGUAAAGGAAGUGUCAAAGAAGGAAAAAGUAGAACUGAUGCUGCCGCAAAUUCUAAUCAAGAUGAGGAUCUCCAUUGUUUGGUUACUGCUGAUACUGAGGAAAAAGUGACGAUUGCUGUAAAAAUGAUUGACAAAAUUAUUGAAAAUUCAGCUUCCGUUCCUGAAGGUCAAAAUGAACUUAAAAGACAACAAUUACGUGAAUUGGCAGCUCUUAAUGGUACACUGAGAGAUGAUGAAAAUCAAAUUUGUACAAAUUGUGGUGCAACUGGUCAUAGAAAAUAUGAAUGUAGUGAAAGUCAAAAUUUCACUAUAAAUCUUACUUGUCGUAUAUGUGGUGGUCAUGGUCACACUCUCAGAGAUUGUAUGGAAAGAAAUAAUCCAGAAGCUUUACAACAAGCCAAUCAAAGAGAACAAAGAUUAGAUAGUGAAUAUUUGAAUUUGAUGGCAGAAUUAGGUGAAGAUAUUAAUGAUGCUUCAAUUAAAACUGGCCAUUAUGGGCCUACUAAUGCAGCCAAGCUACCGUGGGCCCAAGCUGCUGCAACACCAUUAACACCUUGGGCUGCAGCUGCAACUGCAACUACAUCAAUGAAAACUCCUACAGUAUUGUCUACAGUACCUCCUUGGCAAUUACAGCAACCUGUAGCAUCCCCUACAAUUCCUCCACCGCCAGGUUUAAGUAAUUCGCCACCGCCACCGCCACCAGGGACACAAGAAUCAUGGAGUGCAAAAACUGGUUCUAUUAAUACUAAUACCUCAUCAACUACUACAUCUCUUUAUUCAACACCGCCGCCACCACCGCCACCUGGCUCUUCUUUACCAUAUACAUCAGCAACAACUGUUGCAUCUUCUUACUAUUCAUUUGCAUCUACUCCAACAACCGGUUAUACUUAUCCUGCUUAUUCGAACAAUGCUACUAAUUACGGUAAUACUGUUUAUUAUGGAACAACUGGUUACUCGCCUGCAGCAGCUGCAGGUUAUCCUCCACCUCCUCCAUCAGCAAUUACACAAAGGAGAUAUGGUACUUAUUUUGUUCUUUGUUCUUAA